CGACGAUUUGUUUAAGGAUGUAGGCACCGAUCUGAAGGAACAUGGGGUUGUAUCGCAGGUGGCGGCAGCUCCGGCUCCCGGUCUUGCAGAUCUGCGGGCUACACACGGCACCGGUGCCGAACCCUCCACACUGGUUGGCAGAGCGGCUUGGCCUUUUUGAGGAGCUAUGGACUGCCCAGGUGAAGAGGUUAGCGAGCAGGACACAGAAAGAACGGCAGACAAUUAAGAUAACCCUCCCUGGAGGCCAAAAGGUGGACGCUGUGGCAUGGAACACGACUCCUUACCAACUAGCCCAGCAGAUGAGUUCAACAGUGGCAGAUACUGCAGUGGCUGCUCAAGUGAAUGGAGAGCUUUAUGAUCUGGAGCGACCCUUGGAGACAGAUUCUGACCUCAAAUUUCUGACAUUUAGUUCUGCAGAGGGCAAAGCAGUGUUCUGGCACUCCAGCACCCACGUCCUUGGGGCAGCAGCUGAACAACUCCUUGGUGCUGUCCUCUGCCGAGGUCCAAGUACAGAAUGUGGCUUCUACCAUGAUUUCUUCCUGGGAAAGGAGCGGACAGUCCGGGGCUCAGAGCUGCCUGCUCUGGAGCAGAUUUGCCAAGAACUUGUAGCUGCUGCUCAACCCUUCCGGAGGUUAGAGGUGUCCCAGGAUCAGCUUCGCCAGCUAUUCAAGGAUAACCCCUUUAAGCUUCGCCUGAUUGAAGAGAAAGUGACAGGUCCCACAGCAACAGUAUAUGGGUGUGGCAUGCUGGUUGAUCUUUGCCGGGGCCCCCACCUUCGGCAUACUGGACAGAUUGGAGGACUGAAGCUGCUAACGAACUCCUCAUCCCUGUGGAGGUCUUCGGGUACCCCAGAGACACUGCAACGGGUGUCAGGGAUCUCCUUUCCCACAGUAGAGGAGCUGAGGGCCUGGGAAGAAUGGAAGGGGGAAGCGGAGUUACGGGACCACCGGCGCAUUGGGAAGGCACAGGAGCUCUUCUUCUUUCAUGAACUGAGCCCCGGGAGCUGCUUCUUCCUGCCUCGAGGGACAAGGGUGUAUAAUGCACUGGUGGCUUUUAUCAGGGCCGAGUACACCCGCCGUGGUUUCUCAGAAGUGAAAACCCCCACACUGUUUUCGGCGAAACUCUGGGAACUGUCAGGACACUGGGAACAUUAUCAGGAAGAUAUGUUUGUCCUGCAGCCCCCAGGCUCUGACAGGCUUGCCAGCUCCCUGAGUGUCUGCUCUACCAGCCAUUCCACAGACACGCUUGCCCUCAAGCCCAUGAACUGCCCUGCACAUUGCCUGAUGUUCGCUCACCGGCCCAGAUCCUGGCGAGAGCUGCCUCUGCGACUGGCAGACUUUGGGGUCCUGCACCGGGCUGAGGCCUCUGGUAGUCUGGGGGGACUGACCCGGCUGCGGUGCUUCCAGCAGGAUGAUGCUCACAUCUUCUGUGCACCAGAUCAGCUUGAAGAAGAGAUCCAAGGCUGUCUUGAUUUCCUGCGUUCUGUCUAUGCUGUCCUUGGCUUCUCCUUCCGCCUGGCACUAUCCACCCGGCCGUCUGGCUUCCUGGGAGAGUCUUGCCUUUGGGACCAGGCUGAGCAGGUCCUUCAACGGGCCCUGGAAGAAUUUGGAGAACCCUGGGACCUCAAACCUGGAGAUGGUGCAUUUUAUGGGCCUAAGAUUGAUGUGCACCUCCAUGAUGCCCUGGGCCGGCCUCAUCAGUGUGGCACAAUCCAGCUUGACUUCCAGCUGCCUCUGAGAUUUGACCUCCAGUACAAGGGGCAGGCGGGAGUCCCCGAGCGUCCAGUCCUCAUUCACCGAGCAGUGCUAGGUUCUGUGGAAAGGAUGUUGGGAGUGCUGGCGGAAAGCUAUGGGGGAAAAUGGCCAUUGUGGCUGUCGCCGUUCCAGGUAGUGGUCAUCCCCGUGGGAGCUGAGCAAGAAGAAUAUGCCAGGGAGGCACAGCAGAGGCUACAGGCUGCAGGACUGGUUUGUGACCUGGAUGCCGACUCAGGACUGACCCUCAGCCGGCGAGUCCGCCGGGCUCAGCUCGCCCACUACAACUUUCAGUUCGUGGUUGGCCAGAAAGAGCAGAGUAAGAAAACAGUGAACAUUCGGACUCGAGAUAACCGCCAGCUCGGGGAGCGGGACUUGACUGAGGCUGUGCAACGGCUGCUGGAGCUCCAGAACACCAGGGUCUCAGAUGCUGAGGAAGUGUUCUGAGCUUUUGUAUAUGGAUGUGGCAGGAGCCGCCCACCUCCCUCCAUGCAGGAGAGCCUGACCUCACUGCCAGAAUCUAGAGGCACCCCCCCCAACCCCCUCAGAAUCAUGUGGAGGCAUGAGUUUGCUCUCCUGGAAAGUCAUUUGAUGUGGGGAAUGCUGUAGCUGUUUGGAUGUGGGGAGAGUGAAAGUAUAAAGAAUAAACUUGAAGCUCCCAGG